AUGUCUGGUCAGAUGCGCAGAGACAAUAAAUCACCAAUAUGGAAGGAUGUCUGCAAAAACAAAUGGCAACGACUGGUACCUGGACUUCUGCUUGGUACUCCCCUCAUCAUAUCUCAUCUAAACGGCCUUAGUAUCGCUCGUGACGAUAUGCGGUGGCGAGUCAGGAAAGUGUGAUCUACUGUUCCUAGCCACGGAGUCCGAGUACCGACGAUCGAAGUACCACCACAUUUGUGUCUUAACGGUCUACUUUGACAAGGUUUGA